GACGAGACCCUCAAGGGGAGCUUCCUUUCGGCGGCCAUGAUGCUGGCGAGAUCCCUCAGGCAGGAGCCGGGCACCCAGAACUACCGGUUCUCUCAGAUCCCGGAGCUGGUCCAGUGUCUGCUGUGCGUCCUGCAGCAGGAGCCCAACUUCCCGGGGUCGGUCUUCCGGCAGAAGGCAAUCCUGGUCAUUGCGGAGCUGAGCAAGCUGCGGCCCCACCUGAAGCCCCUGGUGAAGGCCAGGGUCCUGCACGUGUGUUUCAGAAGCGUGUUCGAGCUUCCGCCCGCGGACCCGCAGGCGGCCCCGGAAGUCACGACUCUGUACAAGGAGACCCUGUGCGCUCUCCACCUGCUCCUCCGCACCUUCCUCAGCGAGGACAUGGGCGUGAACGAGGUCUGCUUCCUGCUGCAGCACACAGAGCCCUGGCUGAGAUCGGACAGGAGCCACGAGCGCCAGCGCGUGGUGCAGUGCAUCUUCCGGCUCCUGCAGUACGUGGUGGACUCCCUGAAGUUCGCCGUGAGUGCGCUGCACUCUGGCCUCGGGGAGGACAGUGGCCAGGAAGGGGCCAUGCCCUCUGCGCUGGGCCACCACGUCGGCCUGCUGACCCUGCUGUGGCGCGACAAGGAGGAGACGACCCGGAAGUACUCCCAGCAGUGCGUGACCCUCCUGCUGCAGCUCACUGUCCUGCAGAGGGCAGGGAGGAUGGCGGUGUCCAUGCGUCUCAGUAAACUGAAGCAAAGUGAAAUUCGGGCGAGCAGAGACUGGGAGGUGAAACUCUACAGCGCCGUGAAGGCCUUCGAGCGGGACCUGACCGUGGCCCAGCACACGCAGCUGGUGCUGACGCUGCUGCCGGGCCUGUGCAGCCACAGCCGCCUGAGCUGCGACCUGGCCUCCAAGCUCCUCCUGCUGAUGUUCGAGGGGCCGGGACUCAAGCCGGAGCAGGUGGUGGAGGUCCUGCAGAGCCUGUUCCAGCAGCUGCCCCACAUCCCACUGCCGCACGUGCAGCAGGACGCGAUGAGGGCCGUGACGGUUCUGGGCACCCAGCACCCACAGGAGACGGUCGAGGUGGUGCUGUCCCUGUGCCACCCCUCGGAGAGGAGGACCUUGCCCCUGUGGAAGGCCCUGGCCACCAACCACCAGCUGGCCUGCAAGGUCAUAACUCUGCUCUACGUGAAGCUCAAGUUGCGCCCCCCCCGGGGGCUCACCCGACCCAGCUCCCAGACCCAGCUCAUCUCCCUGCUGGCCCUGGGCACCAUCUAUGAGCUCCUGUACACCCAGGAGUACAGGCAGACCAUCCACUGGGCCUUCGCGGGCAUCCUCCUGGGGCUGCUCACGCAGCUGCACUACCUGUUCGAGCUGGGUGUGGUGGAGGAUGUGGCUGACUACCAGGAGGACAUCCUGGACAGCAAGCCCCUCAGCCCCUUCAGGACGUGCCUGGAGGCCGUGAAGGGCCUCUUCUGGACCACCAGCUACUGGGAGGUCUUCGCCUACAUCCAGCUGCUGCAGGGCUGGGCGCUCCUGGAGCGCCCGGACACCUACGGGGAGGGAGUGAGUCUCCUGGCCAGGGCCAUGGUGCAGUAUGACUGCGAGGUCAAGGCUGUCCUGGGGCAGGCGGUCAUCUCCCUGAAGAGCAUGGAGGAGCGAGACAACGUGGUGGCCAUCCUCCUCCUCACGGAGUUUCUCAACAGUGCGGAGGUCUUCCAGCAGGCAUCCCGGAAGAAGAUGGACACCCUGCUGAACCUGGGCCUGGGCCACUGCAACCAGCUGGUGCGGGCCAUGAGCCUCAAGGGCCUCAGCAGCACCACCAUGCACCCCAAAAAGGUGUUCCUGCUGCGGAACCGGCUGGCCGGGCUGCUGGACAGCUUCCUGCGGCCGGACACCAAGGACCUCUUAGGCCUGAUGGGGAUCCUGGGCGACAUCCUGCACCGCCUGGGCCUGCAGGGCGCCGGCUCCGCCAGCAUCAAACUCGCCCAGCACCUGCUGUCCUUGUUCGAGGAUGAGCGGGAGGAGGUGCGCAGCGCGGCCAUCUUCCUGUUUGGAGAUGUCAUAGACAGCGGCAGCAGGAAGUUCCGGCAGGCGUUCAAGACCCUCGCCUUCCAGGCCGUGGUGCCCCUGCUCUUGCACAUGGCUGACCCCUGCCCCGCCGUGGUCACGAAGUCCAAGUCCACCCUCCUGCGCUGCGCCCUCCUGCUCAAGUGGGAGUUCCGGAAGGAGCUGUUUGGCAAGCUGGCGUGGGGCCGCGGCCCGGGGGCCGAGAACGACAUUUUUGUCUACAUGGUGGAGAGCAACUUCGGCAAGUACCCCCAGUUCCUGCUGCAGGCCCUGGUCUACCUGAAGAGCCCACACAGGCCCCUGAAGCUGGCCGCCAUGAAGUUCAUCGGGGCCCUGCUGCAGGACUACUUCCCAGAGCUCUGCUUCUACCUGAGAAAGGGCGACCUGCCCGUCAUCAAGAGAUACUUGGAGCCGCUGGAGCAGGACCCCGACGCGGCGUGCCGCAGGUUCUACCGGAACUUCGUGGAGGACAUCACGGAGCUGUCCCGCAGCGUGACCUGAGCCCGGCCGGCUGCCGAGUGCCUUUUUAGUCUAUUAAAUGCGGACAGAGUUCCGCUGCCUC